GAGGCCGAACAAUAUCGUGAAGAUGAUGAGAAACAACGCGAAAGGAUUUCUGCUCGUAACAGCCUGGAAGCAUAUGUAUUCAGUGUGAAACAAGCAAUCGACCAAGCUGGUGACAAAUUGAGCGACGAUGAUAAAUCAAAGGCACGUAAUUGCUGCGAGGAAGCCAUCAAAUGGAUUGAUAGCAACGGAUUGGCCGAUAAAGAUGAAUUUGAACACAAAAUGCAAGAAGUCAGCCAGAUUUGCUCGCCAAUCACGACGAAGAUCCACACUGGUGGAGCGGGAAGUGGACCAAGCAGCUGCGGCCAACAAACUAGAAACAACUCCAACAGUCAUCGUGGUCCAAAAAUUGAGGAAGUCGAUUAAAUCCAUAAGAACAUAUAGCGAAUAAGUAAAUAAUCAGUAUCACAAGCAAAAAGUAAUAAAAUAAGAAAAUUUAUUUUUAGAUCUCAGAUUAAAAUGUAAUUAGAAUUAAGAAGAAUAAAAUAAAAAUAUCAAAUCUGUUGAGUUGAG